UUAGGUAGGUACUUUGCUUGCCUGUUUGGUUCUUGUGUUGUUGUGUUUUGGUACACUUUUGGUGUUUAUUUUUAUUACUACAAUAUCUGUAGUUUGUUAAGAGAAUGUAUCGUUCAAUACUUCGCAUUGUAUACUCACCAUGUACAUCACAUAAUUGGAGAAUUUCUCGGUGCAUGAAAAAGGCCGCAGUGGUUGUCAAAGCUAAAAACGCCACAGAUCAGGUAAAUUUUGUGCGGGAAGAAAUAGACAAUCAUAUACCAGAUUGGACUUCUCUGAAAGCAAACACUUUGUCCAUGAGAGGGAACAUAGAUGAGAAGAAUAUAGAUGCAGUGUUUCUUAAACUUAUGAUGAAUGCACAAAAAUUUGAAGCAGCCAGUUCAUUUGCUGAAUAUUUAAAAAAGUCAAAUGAAGAAUUAAGCAUUGGAAUAAUAAAUGGUUUGCUGGCUCUAUACUAUGAACUAAGUAUAACACGUAAACUUACUGACGAAGAAAAAGAAUUUAUAUUGAAAAGUUACAAAGACUUGCAUGCUAGAUAUAAAGUUUUAGAUAGUACUACAUGUGAGCGACUGCUGCAUGCCUUGUGUGCAAUUGAUGAAUGGAAAAAGGCAACCAAAGUCCUUGCUGAUAUACAUCUCAGUGGGAAACCAACACAUUCAGCAUACAGCACAUUAAUAGCUAAUCUUUUUAAAAAUAACAAAAAGACUGAAGCUCUGAAGUUAAUCGAAGAAAGUUUAGAUAAUAAUAGGCCGUUGAGACAUGAUGCUUAUGAGUAUUGGAUCAAAUAUGUGCUUACAAAAUACAAAGAUAAGAAAACUAUAUUACGACACUUAGAAGGUAUAUGUGAGCAUGUGUCAAAGAGUUGGGUGACAUUGAGUGUGCAAUCGGCUGAAGUUUUUCGUAAUCUUUAUUCAAAUGCAGGGUGGACUGUACAGUAUACACAGAUCAGGAAGCUUGAUGGCGAAUGCAACCGAUGUAAAGAGAAACUUACACCUUUACAGCUUACCGAUGAUGAAUUCCAAAUGCUGCAAAAUGUAAUCAAAGACAAACUUAUAGUAGGUUCAGAUCUAUUCUUGAAAACAUCUCCGGGAGAAUUGCAACAGUUCAUGGCAUUUAUAGACAAAACUGGACCUUAUGAUAUUGUUUUAGAUGCGUUGAACAUUGCAUUUUCGGCCCGAGGUGGGCAGAUGAAUAAGCUCGGUUUGUUGAAUGAAGUUGUUGAUUAUUUCCAAAAGCAGAAUAUGAAAGUAUUGGUAUUGGGACGGAAACACAUGUUGGGAUGGCAGAAAAGGAGCAUCAAUGACUUAAAGCAUAAAGCGUGCUGUUUCUUCACUGAUGACCUAUCACAGGAUGACCCAUUCUUCAUAACGGCGGCAAUACUUAGUGGUUCCCACACUGACAUAGUGUCAAAAGACCUCCUGAGAGGUCAUAGGUUUGUGUUGCAAAAUGAGCAACUGAAGAUAAUAUUCAGGAGAUGGCAAUGGCAACACCAGUGGAUGGUGUUUAUCAGUAAAUACGGGAAACUUAUCUAUCAGAAACCGCUGAAAUUCGACCCGUACGCACAGAAGAACAACAACAGUUGGCACAUUCCGUUCAAGAAGGAAGACGAGGUUACAGCUCAAGUCAACGACGGAACGCCAAAUCUGAGUAGUUGGUUGUGUUUGAGACCGCAAAUAGCUAGAUAAAUUAUUUAUUUAAUAAAAUAUUGUUUUU